CACAUAAACAAAAGUUUUCUUAGUCUCUUAUAGAAUAGCAUUUCCAGCUGGCUGAGAAGGCGUCCAAUUGUGGUCCAAUUGGCGGCCACAAUAUGUCCAGAGCGCUUCUCACGCUCGCCUACUUUGUGCUCACCUAUUGCUCCAUUGUAUUCACAGCUUGCGUCAAUAACGUGACUGGCACAGCCACUACUGGCAGCUCGGCCGCAUCGGGACCCAACUCCGCGGGCAGCCUGAGCACCUCGCUGACCAGUGGCGGACACAUACAUCGCACCGCAGCGGCCAUUGAACGGGUGAACAAACUCUGGUGCUAUGCCUGCGAUACCAUGGACGAUGGGCCGGGCUGUGUGGAUGUGCUCGAACGGAAUGAGACGUCCUUGAUGAAGAAAUGUCAGGGCGAAGAGUUCAUCUGCAUGGUCAAACGCUUCUCGUACACUACAAGUACUGAGAACUCGACGAGUUCGCCCAAGAUGUGGUCGUUGGAUCGUCGCUGCGCUGUGAACUGUGAACCCGGUUGCAUUGUGAUCGGUGAACGCACCAAGCUCUAUGCGUGCACAUCCUGUUGCGAGGAGUCCUUUUGCAAUACGGGUCGGGGUGGCGCUGCUGGCAUCUUUCAUCGGGAGGCCACGGGCAUUGGUACGCGCCUCUUUUGGCUCGCUGCCCCCUGUCUGGUCAACAUAUCGCUAAUGCUUUACAAACGGCAUGCCGGCCAAGCGCUCACCCAACUGCAGUAGUACCUCGAUAUUGAAUUAAGUUCUUCCUUGCUCAACAUAAACAAUUUCAACUCGCUCAACGAGUUUAUCUGCCCCUCACUUAAAACCCUAUUUUACCUAGAAAUAGAUUAAGAUAUACUACUACGUACUAUGUACUGUAC